GAGCCAGUAAGUAAGGAAAUGCGGUCCAAAAGAGAAACUGAAACUUAACGGCCAUUUUAAAAAUGGAGGAGAAAGAAUCCCCAGGAAAGAAGGAAUUAAAUUAAAUAUUAAAAACGGAGUAAACCGUCUGUUGUGGAGUGGAACUGAGGUCUGCCAAUUUGGGUCAGAACCCACUUGUGAAUCUGAUCUGGUGUGUUCAGGUGUCCUGAGACAGGGGGCGCUGUUUCUAAAAUGAGUUCGUCAGAGGAGACUGAGACUGACGAUGGAACCCACGGCCUUGCGAGAAAAAGGGUUCGGGUAGAGAUGGCUGGGUCACCUGUACCCAGCUGUCUGUCUAUGAAGAGUGACCAUUCAAUGAUUAGUCCAAUCAACUUAAGAGGAGAGGUCACAGGUGAUCAAAGGGUUCGGGUAGAGAAGGCUGGGUCACCUGUACCCAGCUGUCUGUCUAUGAAGAGUGACCAUUCAAUGAUUAGUCCAAUCAACUUAAGAGGAGAGGUCACAGGUGAUCAAAGGGUUCGGGUAGAGAGGGCUGGGUCACCUGUACCCAGCUGUCUGUCUAUGAAGAGUGACCAUUCAAUGAUUAGUCCAAUCAACUUAAGAGGAGAGGUCACAGGUGAUCAAAGGAUUCACUGCUCAGAUAAACUGUUCUCCUCAAAACAGUCUCUCCUGCGCACUCUGAUGAAGCUGAAGAAGACUGAAAAGUUGAAACUGUUUCAGAGCCAUCUGAGUCAGGAUUGCCCAGAAUGCUUUUAUAGUAGAAGAACAGAAGAUCCUUCUGUACUGGAUACGUUUAUGAAGAUGAAGGAAUUGUUCAAGAGUCAUCAAAUUGCUGAUUACCCAGAAUGCACUGAGAGAGAGCAGGAGGAUCCUGAGGCCCUGUACAUAGUUGAGAAGAUGCUGGAGACCUGUGGCAUUGAGAGGUCUCUGAAGAUCACACUCCAUAUCCUGAGGAACAUGAAGAAGAAGGAUGUCACUGACCCACUGGAGAGAGAUGAGCAGCACAAUGAAUUCAAAGAAAAUGCCCAGCAGGCACUGAAAACUCAUCUGAAGAAGAGGUUUGAAUGUAUAUUUGAAGGUUUAGCAAAGCAGGGCCACCAGACCCUCCUCAAUGAGAUCUAUACAGAGCUCUACAUCACAGAGGGGGGAAGUGGGGGGGUCAAUGAUGAACAUGAGAUCAGACAGAUUGAGAUAGCAUCGAAGAGACAAACCACACAUGAGACUGCAAUCAUCUGCAAUGACAUCUUUAAGCCUUCACCUGGACAAGAGAAACCAAUCAGAACUGUGCUUACAAAGGGCAUCGCUGGCAUUGGGAAAACAGUCUCUGUGCAGAAGUUCAUUCUGGACUGGGCAGAUGGAAAAGCCAAUCAGGACAUUGAUUUCAUCUUCACUCUUCCUUUCCGAGAUCUGAAUCUGAAAAAGGAGAGAGAAUUUAGUCUCAUGGAACUUCUGCAGCACUACUAUCCACAACUGAAAGAGAUCAAAAGUUUUGAAGAUGAUGAAGUCAAAGUUGUGUUCAUCUUUGAUGGUCUGGAUGAGUGUCGACUUCCUCUAGAUUUCCAAAGCAAUGAGGUCUGCUGUGAUAUAACAGAGUCAUCAUCAUUGGAUGUGCUGCUGACCAACCUCAUUAAGGGGAAUCUGCUUCCCUCUGCCCUCCUCUGGAUCACCUCCCGACCAGCAGCAGCCAAUCAGAUCCCUCCUGAGUGCGUCCACCAGGUGACAGAGGUACGAGGAUUCAAUGACCCACAGAAGGAGGAGUACUUCAGGAAGAGAAUCAGAGAUCGGAACAAGGCCAGCAAAAUUAUCUCACACAUAAAGUCAUCCAGGAGUCUCUACAUCAUGUGUCACAUACCAGUCUUCUGCUGGAUUUCUGCCACUGUACUGGAGACAAUGUUGGGUAAAGUACGCAAUAGAAAAAUGCCCAAAACUCUGACUGAAAUGUACACACACUUCCUGCUCAUUCAGACUAAUGUGAAGAAUGAGAAGUAUCAUGGCACCAAUGAGACAACCCCAAAGAAAAUGUCAGCAUCAAAUACAGAAAUCAUCCUGAACCUGGGGAACCUGGCUUUACUACAGCUGGAAAGGGGCAAUCUGAUAUUCUAUGAAGAGGACCUGAGAGAAAGUGGCAUUGAUGUCAGUGAAGCUUCAGUGUACUCUGGGGUGUGCACAGAGAUCUUUAAAGAGGAGUGUGGGUUGGGUGAGAAGAAGGUCUACUGCUUUGUGCAUCUGAGCAUUCAGGAGUAUCUGGCUGCCUUGUUUGUGUUUCAUUCAUAUGUGAAUGAGAACAGAAAUGUACUCAGAGCAGAAGAAUCAAAACCUUGCAGUGACAGAGUGCAGCUGUCUGAGUUACACACGACUGCAGUGGAUCAGGCCUUAGGGAGUAAGAAUGGACACCUGGACCUUUUCCUCAGAUUCCUUCUAGGCCUCUCUCUGGACUCCAUUCAGACUCUAUUAGGAGGAAUACUGACACAGACAGGAAGCAGAUCACCUAGCAUUGAGAAAACAGUAUUGUACAUAAAGGAGAGGAUCAAAAAAGAAUCUUCAGCAGAGAGGACCAUAAAUCUUUUCCACUGUCUCAAUGAACUGAAUGACAGCUCUCUAGUGAAGGAAAUCAAGAAUUUACAGAGAUCAGGAAAACUCUCUAAUGAAAAGCUGGAACCACACCAAUGUUCAGCCAUGGCCUUUAUGUUACUGAUGUCAGAGGAGAUCCUAGAUAAGUUUGACUUGAAGACCUACGAAACAUCAGCAGCAGGUUAUCAGAGACUGCUACCAGUAGUCGGGAACUGCAGGAAGGCCAUGUGAGUAUGGUGUAAUAAUUAAAGUAGAUAAUGACAGCAUGUUUUUAUAAACACUUCAUAGUUAAAGUGAAAAUAGAAUACAAUAAAAUUGUCAGGCAAGUGAGAAUUAUGAUUUUUGAGUCAAGCUAUUUUAA